CCCAAGAUGGCAACUUUCAACAAAUGGUAUUCCCAAGCUGGUAUAAUUCUAUUGAUUCUGUACUAUCUCGACGCUCGGGAUUUGAGUUCAAUGACGAACAGUUCAAAGGAAAAUAUCACAGAAAAUGGGAUGAAAUACCACAUGAAAGAAAUAAGAUGGAAGAGAGAGAACAUGAUGAAUAAUUCAAUACCGACAUCUCGAGAGAGAACAAAUUGCAUGAGAAAUGGUGGUGUUUGUAAUACUUACCAUGGUAGCUGGUCGUCUUUUUACCUCAAGAUUGGUGGGUGGUUAAUGCUAGGCAUCGURUUAGUUGGUAUAUCCUGUCUAGUGAUYACWCACUACCUUGGUAUGAAGAAAGCCAACAAAGACAGACGAAAAAAACGAUUCACAAAAGUUUCAUGGACAGACGCAAAAACCAAAUCUAAACUGGCUAAAUGGAUGGGGUAGUUUAKUGAUGAUUCAGUGCCGUGGAAUAAAACACUAUCAAAUACCGACAUAACAAACGAUAACUUGGAAAGACUGUCUUGGAAAGACACUAUAGUCUCCUUCACGGUUAUGUGCGCCAUCUUGAAAAGUAGCCGUGCCUUUACAUCGAAGCGAGACAACCGUUGAGCGUGCAAUGAUAGAUACCUGUGUGGGUGGAUAAUUACCUGUAGUUGUGAAAGAAGGUUUUUAUCACUGCACGCUCAACGGUCAUCUCGCUUCGAUGCAAAGGCACAGCUACCUUUCAAGAUGGCGCAGGGAACUGUGAAGAAGACUAUUGAGAAGCUACAUUAAAACUGGCUUAACUGAUAUCACUUCUCACAUGUCUUAUCAAAGAACAACAAUUAUUGUAAGCGUUGCAUUGAAAACAUACAAAAACGAGGCCUGGAGACUUCAGUUCCAGAACAGGAAACUUUGAAAUGAUCCGUGUCAUGCGGUGAUUUGCGGCUUCAAAAUGCUUCCGAAUCGCGGAAAAAAAGACAUCACUUGGGAGAUAUUCGUUUACUGUUAUUUUAAGACUAUAAUCUUGACUUUGGCUUGAAACUGAUAAGAGUUUUUCAAGUUUAGAAUACUAAAUAUUAAGUUAAGCUUUUCUGACAACGCUUCUCAAUCCUUGCAAAAUAUAUUUAGAAAAAAAAAGUUACAAUAACACAAAACAAAAGAAAAUAAAUCAGUAAAUUAAAUAUAAAAUCGUAUUACAACUGAUAUCGAGCUGAGCUUAUUCGUCUGUUCU